AUGCUGAUCACUCCACGCACGUACUCGGCCUCUCAGACCCCCGACCAAGGAGCAACCUUCUCCAGGUCUGAGACCUCGUCGUUUUUCACGCUUGCUGGGUGGCGCAGAAGUCCUGUGGACGAGGGGCAAGCCGCAGACAUGCUUUUGAUCCACCAGGUCGGCAGUGUUCGUGUCGGGGAGAUCGUGAGAUACACAGUCACGUACACCCCCGCAGCUGAUCCAAUCUUGCCCAUCCCAUCGGAGCUCUACGUGAGAGUGAAGAACACAUCUGCGAUUCCAUUACGAGCUGCUUACCUUCAUGGCCCAUAUACGCUAUAUACUGCCUGCUACCCCUCGAAAUUUGAUCCCAACCACAAGUACGAUCAACCGGACCUUGAAGGGUCUCCGCAAUUCGAGCCAUACCUGAAAGCUGGUGGAAAUUGGGAUGCCACCAUCAAGGUGCCCACUCAUCUCCAACUUUCACAGAAUUUAGGGCCUUCCGGGCGAUUCGCUUCCGAGAAUAACCCGAGUGUGACUUGGGUUAUUGAGAUUGUAUCUCAGGUGAUCUUCUCGAGCAGCGCGGCAGUCCACUUUGAGCUGCUGGUAGGCCGUGACAUCAAGUCACUAGGGGGGUUCUCUGUUGGCGGUGCAUGGAGCAGCUCAAGCGGUCCGCCGGGAAAAUUGCAUGACCAUUGGAUACCCGAGACAAAGGGUCGUCAGGCUCUCGCGACCAAAGGCGUAUAUUCCGGGUCUGUCACUCUACGCGUUGAUGACACAAAUAGCCUGUGGAACAGUCCACCGCUUCCCUCGGCGGACAGGGACAUUAAGAAUGGCAUCUCGGACAUGGACAACUCAAGCCAUCCCUGGGACGACAAUGAAGAACCAGAGUCCGCGGCUGAAGCUCCGUUGAAGCAUCCUAGAAAGAAGAAAGUCCAUCUUGUUCUGUUGACACAUGGGCUGCAUAGUAACCUCGGUGCCGACAUGCUUUAUCUCAAGGAGAGUAUCGACACUGCUGCGAAGGAAUACAAGAGACAGACUUGCAAGGCGAAAACGAGUCCAAAGGACUCUAGCAAAUCGGGACCACAAGAUCCCGUGUCAAGUUCAUGUGUGAACCGAAUUUCUAAUGAUAUAUGUGGCCCGGUCAGCUCGGACAGCAACAAUGGAAAGGACGAUGCUGUCGAUGAAGCUAACGACGAACAAGUGAUUGUCAGAGGCUUCUCUGGCAAUGCUGUCCGCACCGAGCGUGGAAUACAAUAUCUCGGCAAACGCCUGGCUAAAUAUGUCUUGCUUAUGACCUAUCCUGAUCAACCAUAUUUUCCUUUGAAGGGCUCCAAAGAAAGGCCAUUCUCUCGACCGUUCACUGCUCGCAAGGAGCCGACCCAAACCCCUGGUGCGUCUCAAUUGGCUUCUGAAACCAGCGAUGAUCCGAUAGAUCUCGACGGCCAGGCGUACCAGAUCACCAGUAUCAGUUUCAUCGGGCAUUCGCUAGGUGGACUGAUUCAAACCUAUGCCAUUGCAUACAUCCAAAAAUACUCUCCGGAGUUCUUUGAGCGCAUCAAGCCCAUCAACUUCAUCGCUCUUGCAACACCCUUUUUGGGCCUUAGCAAUGAAAACCCGAUGUACGUCCGGUUUGCGCUGGACUUGGGGCUAGUUGGUCGCACCGGGCAAGAUCUGGGGCUGAGCUGGACAGCGCCGAAGGUGCGAAGUGGCUGGGGAGCCCUCAUUGGGGGUAGAGGAGAGUCGGCCAAGGAUCAGGGCCAGGGGGAUCCGGGCUCGAAACCACUUUUGCGAAUUCUCCCUUGUGGGCCUGCACACGAGGUCCUGCACAAAUUCCAGCAUCGCACCAUUUACUCCAACGUGGUGAAUGAUGGGAUAGUCCCGCUCCGGACAUCGUGCCUCCUUUUCUUAGACUGGAGAGGCCUCGAACGAGUGGAAAAGGCAAGACGCGACAACGGACUGGUUGGAACAAUGGCUGAAUGGGGCUGGGCAGAGCUCACGGGAGCGAAUUCAAAUUCUCCGCGAAUUGCACGUUUGGAUGAAGAACCAUUGGGGCACAAUACGGAGGAGACUGCAAUUAGGCAAGGCCUGCCAAAGAUCUCCCACGGCGCACAAGCACACUCGCAGGGACACCUGCAAGGACAUCAGGGUGUUGACUUGGGUGACACGUCAUCCCCCCCAGCCUCUGCUCAAUUUCUUGCGCGACCCGGGUCUUCACCCGAUAACAGUGUCGCAGGCGACACCGUGUCGAAUGGGACCUCAGAAAACACGGCCCUCGGUCCCUUGGACAGCUUUCUCUCUCUUUUUCGCCCCAAAGAGACCAAGCCUCCCACGGGCAAGCACACCAAAAUCUACAAACGCAGUCAAACCCUCGGUUCGCUUGAAGUUGGUGAACAUCCCCGGCCGCCGGUUCGCGGUAACUCUCUAAAUGAGCAUGAUGGUCUCUACACGCCCCCCAAAACAACUUUCUUUGAGUCAGCAGGGGACCUUUUGAUGCCUCCUCUCCCUCCCACGGGGUUUAUCUUGGAUCCUGCCUCGCGCCCUCGAACAAUUUUUCACGACCGCAUUUAUCAUCCGGGCGAUGUACCUCCUCCGCUCCCGAUUAAACGGCGAACGCUCGCAUUUGGUCCGUUGCAGAACAAGAACGCCAAAGCGGCCCCUACAUCAGGCACUCAGCUCCCGCCUGGCUCUAGUGCCAUGGCAGAUAAUUGCGAAAGUGGACUCAAGGUCGAGGAGAAAAUUGCAAGAGCUUACCACCGCGAUCUGUCUUGGCGCAAAGUCCUCGUUCGUCUUGAGCCAGAUGCUCACAAUAACAUUAUUGUGCGGCGCAUGUUCACCAACGCUCAUGGUUGGCCCGUCAUCAAACAUCUGAUCGAUACACAUUUCGGCCACGCACCUUCUGUGGAAGUCGACGAUUCUCUGAAGCAAAGCGUCGAGCGGGCCAAAUCCCCCAACAUCGGACCCACUAGCUCAGGUGACGAGGUGGAAAGCCGGUCUCAUACCCCCGGAAGAGACUUGCACCCGCCUAACGACCCAUCGCAGGACCAUUUACCCGGCACUACGGGCCCUCACUUGGCCGAAAAUCCGUCUUCUGGACACCCUACUCGGCGUGAUCGCUUUCCGGCCGAAGAUCAAUCCCACAAGACCACGGGUACUUACGAUCGAGUCAAUUAUGCGGGGGUCUCGAGGCAGGAUUCGGCCCGGUGGAGUGACCGCGAAGUGGAUGAGGAUGAUGACUGCGAUUCCGAGUUUGAGGAAGAGGGUUUUCGGUGGUCCCCCAGGCCAAUGCCGUGA